AUGGUUACACCUUCUUCGCCUUCCUGGCAAGACGUCGCUGCCAGAAAGAGUAAGGAGAUUUACGAUGCCAUUCCCUCAGCAUGGCUAGUCGACGAGCAUCUCCUCCAAGGCCAUAACUUCAUGGAUCUACCCAAGAAGUGCCCGUCAAUCAUGUCUGAAGAAGAACUCUCCAUUACCGAACAACGAGCCGUAGAUAUCCUCGCUUGCAUCCAUUCCAGGAAAUGGUCUUCAUAUCAAGUAACUCUUGCUUUCUGCAAACGAGCUGCCCUAGCCCACCAAGCUACCAAUUGUCUAGCUGUUGUGCUGUUUGAGUCUGCAUUGGAAAAAGCAAAGGAGCUAGACGCGUAUAUGGAAAAAUAUAACAAACCCAUUGGACCUCUUCACGGCCUGCCCAUGUCAGUAAAGGAACAUAUCUUCCUAGCCAACACACCCGCAACCUCUGGCUUGAUCUCUUGGGCCGACGCACCCAGUCCAGGCGACGCACUAAUUUGCAAAGUCUUCAGAGAAGCAGGCGCAGUCUUCCACGUCAAAACCACUAAUCCACAAACUCUCAUGGCCUUGGAAACACACUCGAAUCUGUUUGGCCGCACUACAAACCCAUUCAAUGUGAAUCUUACUUCUGGAGGAAGCUCUGGCGGUGAAUCAGCAUUGGUCGCUAUGCGUGGCUCACCUCUAGGUAUUGGCACAGAUAUCGGCGGCAGCAUUCGUGGUCCUAGUGGCUUUUGCGGUGGGUGGGGGUUGAAGGCGAGUGUAGCGCGUAUCCCACACUCUGGACUCAGUGGUCUGCACUCGGGAAUGGAGAAUAUCAUUGGAUGCGUGGGACCCAUGGCAAACUCACUCGCCGACUUACGACUUUUCUGCAAAGUGGCACUGGAUGCACAACCCUGGGACUUUGAACCCAGUCUGAUUGAUUUGCCAUGGCGGGAUGUCAGAGUUGAGAUUUUGCCAAAGAAACUCAGGAUAGGCGUGUUGUGGCAUGAUGGGGAAGUCAUGCCUCAUCCACCAAUUACACGCGCUUUGAAGGAUACAGUCAACAAAUUGCGCAACGCAGGUCACGAAGUCGUAUCCUGGAAUCCUCGGUUACAUACCCCGUUGCUCAAAUGGAUAAACACAGCAUACUUCCUCGAUGGCGCCGAGGAGUACAAAAACACUUUGCUGCAGGAAUCAGACCCUGCAGUCCCGAUUAUCCAAUGGCUACUGGACAGCACAACACCCACCCGCCACACCGUGGAGCAAACCUGGACGCUGAAUGCUUUGCGCGAUAAUCUACGCACUCAAUUUUCGCUUCAAUGGCGAGAAACUGGCAUUGAUGCUUUGUUGUGUCCAGUAAAUGCCUCGGUGGCUUCUGCACACGAUGAAAGCAAGUACUGGGGUUACACUGCUGUGUUCAACGCCACCGAUCUGCCGGGAGUGGUAUUCCCAGUGACCACGGUGCAAGAUAUGGAUGUCUGGGAUAAAGAUACAAAGGCAGCGAUGGGUGAAAGGGAUGAAUUGUAUAGAAAGUUCUGGGAUGAGGGUGGUGUGGAAAAGUAUAGAGAUGCGCCAGUGAAUUUGCAACUGGUGGGGAGAAGAUUGAGGGAGGAGAAUUUAUUGGCUGUUGCUGAAGUCGUGGAAGGUGUUAUCAGAGGUGCAGAUGUGGAAAAGAGCCGUCAGCAGUCACAAUAUGAGAGAAGAGAUGAGAUGAUUCAGAGUCGUCUGUAG